UCGCUUUUGUCUCCGCAGGGCGCUCCCCUCGACGAGGCUGACCACUGUGGCGACCCCCCCAUGCUCCUCGCCGCCGGCAACGGCCACACCGCCUGCUGCGAGCUCCUCAUCAACGAAGGCGCGGACAUCCAGCAGUGCGGCAUCAUGAAGGACACCCCGCUGUCCAGGGCUGCGCACAACGGGCACUUCCAGACCUGCAAGUUUCUCCUUGAGCAGGGCGCCGAGGUGGACGCGAUGGAUCUCGGCGAUAACACGCCGCUGCACUGGGCGUCCAUGCGCGGCCACGUGGAGAUCGUCAACCUGCUGCUGCUGCACGGCGCGGAC